AUUACUGCAUGGUAUGGCCUCAGUCAGUCAUUUUUCUAAGCCUACGAUUGGAACACACAACGGUAAAUUUCACGCAGAUGAACUGGUCGCCUGUGCUAUGCUAAGACAACUACCGGAAUACAGUAAAGCCGAAAUCGUUCGCACACGAGAUGCAUCGCAACUGGCCACAUGCACGAUUGUGGUGGACGUAGGUGGUCUGUUCGAUCCCAAUACACUUCGAUUUGAUCAUCAUCAACGUGGUUUUGAUCUGACUUUCAAAGAUUUCUUCAAAGAAUCCACUUGGGACAUCAAGCUCAGUAGCGCCGGCUUGAUUUACGUUCACUAUGGACAUCGGGUGAUAGCUGGCGUGGCUGAUGUGCAAGAGUCAGAUCCCAUGGUGCCAGUCCUCUUUCAGAAGAUCUAUAGUGCAUUCGUGGCAGAAAUCGAUGCAAUCGAUAAUGGUGUAGCGAUCAGCGAUAACGAGACAAAGUACUCGAUAAACACUGGUUUGAGCAGUCGUGUUGCUCGACUCAAUCCGAAAUGGAACGAUCCGGAUGCGGAUGAAACUGCCUGUUUCAUGAAGGCCUUGAAAAUGGUAGAAGAGGAGUUCGUUACGCUUGUAGUACACUAUGCCAAAUCAUGGUACCCGGCGCGCGCCCUUGUCUCCAAGGCUUUGAGUCAGCGUCAUCAAGUGGAUCCAUCAGGACAUAUAAUUAGCCUUGAAGAUGAACCCUGCCCUUGGACUGAUCACUUUCAUGAAUUGGAGAAGCUUGAGCUAGAAAAACUACCCAAUGGGCAUUUCGACGCUUCCGAUUUGAGUGCAACUGCAUCCAGACCAGUGUUCUGUCUCUAUCGCCGUGACGAUGGUCAGUGGUCUGUUCAGGCAAUCUCUACUUCCGAGAAGGAGCACUUCAAAAGUCGUGUUCCACUUCCAGAAGCUUGGCGUGGUCUACGAGAUGAAGAGCUCAGUGGUGUUGUCGGUUUACCGGGAUGCGUGUUUGUGCAUGCCACUGGAUUCUUGGGGAUUCAUAAAACUCGCGACGGUGCUUUAUACAUGGCUCGGACUUCAUUAAAACUUGCGAACCUCAUCGAAGCUUGAUGCAGCUUGACUCCUUUUGGCUGGCAUGUACUUCUGUUGGUUUUUGCUUGAAUGCAGGGAUAAAUGUAUUUUCAUAGCUUUUUCGUUUGUGUUACUACCCGGCCACCAAAACUUCAAUCUGCGAACAGGCAAAACCUUUACUUGUUCAUUGUAUUACACUGUGUUAAUACACCUAGUUGGUCAGCCGUACAGCUGACAUGGUAUCACUGAACGGCAUAUGAAUUGAAACUCAGUUUGUCGCUCGUUGGCUAAAUAACUUAUUUAUUUGAUUCGG